UUUGUCAUUUAUUCACUUUUCAUAUACUCGAAGCCUUAAAACAAGGCCAGUGGAAAGAUAUCACUCCACGAAGCUUUGGGUGGCGGAUGGCGUGGCUCCUAGAGAUGUGAUUCUUUCGCGCUAUUUUGUGGGAGCAGAAACGGAGGCUAGCCCAGGCCGCGAGAGGGCUGGGGCGGUGCGCGGGCUUGGGCAGGUGCGUCAGUCCGCGGGGGAACCCGGGGCUCCACCUGGGCGCGGCGAGGAAGUUGCACCAUGUAUGGGCAGCUACGUCAGGGGGGCGGGCCCGCAGCCACCGGGGAACGCCGAGCCGGGCCCAUCCCAGUGAAAAGGCUGCCGCCGGACUGGGGGAGGCGUCGCCAAGUUCGGGACCGACGGGCCAAGGCUGCGCGUCUCGCGGGUGGAGCCUGGAGGUGACCGCGCCGCUGCAACGCCCCCACCCCCCGCGGUCGCAGUGGUUCAGCCCGAGAACUUUUCAUUCAUAAAAAGAAAAGACUCCGCACGGCGCGGGUGAGUCAGAACCCAGCAGCCGUGGACCCCGCGAAGCCGCCAGCCCCGGGGAUGUUCCGAGACUUCGGGGAACCAGGCCCGAGCUCCGGGAACGGCGGCGGGUAUGGCGGCCCCGCGCAGCACCCGGCCGCAGCGCAGGCAGCCCAGCAGAAGUUCCACCUCGUGCCAAGCAUCAACACCAUGAGUGGCAGUCAGGAGCUGCAGUGGAUGGUACAGCCUCAUUUCCUGGGGCCCAGCAGUUACCCCAGGCCUCUGACCUACCCUCAGUACAGCCCCCCACAACCCCGGCCAGGAGUCAUUCGGGCCCUGGGGCCGCCUCCAGGGGUACGUCGAAGACCUUGUGAACAGAUCAGCCCCGAGGAAGAGGAGCGCCGACGAGUAAGGCGCGAGCGGAACAAGCUGGCUGCGGCCAAGUGCAGGAACCGGAGGAAGGAACUGACCGACUUCCUGCAGGCGGAGACUGACAAACUGGAAGAUGAGAAAUCUGGGCUGCAGCGAGAGAUUGAGGAGCUGCAGAAGCAGAAGGAGCGCCUGGAGCUGGUGCUGGAAGCCCACCGACCCAUCUGCAAAAUCCCCGAAGGAGCCAAGGAGGGGGACACAGGCAGUACCAGUGGCACGAGCAGCCCGCCAGCCCCCUGCCGCCCUGUACCUUGUAUCUCCCUUUCCCCAGGGCCUGUGCUUGAACCUGAGGCACUGCACACCCCCACACUCAUGACCACACCCUCCCUAACUCCUUUCACCCCGAGCCUGGUCUUCACCUACCCCAGCACUCCUGAGCCCUGUGCCUCAGCUCAUCGCAAGAGUAGCAGCAGCAGCGGAGACCCAUCCUCUGACCCCCUUGGCUCUCCAACCCUCCUCGCUUUGUGAGGCACCUGAGCCCUACACCCUGCAGGUGCCACCCUAACCAACGUCUUCUCCCCUUCCCCCACCAGUCCAGCUGGCCUGGACAGUAUCCCACAUCCAACUCCAGCAGCUUCUUCUCCAUCCCUCUAAUGAGACUGACCAUAUUGUGCUUCACAGUAGAGCCAGCUUGGGACCACCAAAGCUGCCCACUGUUUCUCUAGAGCUGGCCUCUCUAGCACAAUUUGCACUAAAUCAGAGACAAAAUAUUUCCCAUUUGUGCCAGAGAAUUCCUAGCAGCCCAGAGACUUUGUAGAUCCUUAGAGGUCCUCUGGAGCCCUAACCCCUUCCAGGUCACUGCCACACUAUCCAUCACCCUCUUCCUGUGAUCCACCCAACCCUACCCCCGACAGAAGGUGCCACUUUGCCCACCUAGAACACUAACUCACCAGCCCCACUGCCAGCAGCAGCAGGUGAUUGGACCAGGCCAUUCUGCCGCCCCCUCCUGAACCGCACAACUCAGGAGGUGCCCACGGCUUCUGUGAUGAGCAGAUCUGCGGAUCUCAGCUUUGAGAAGCCUUCAGCUCCAGGGAAUCCAAGCCUCCACAGCGAGGGCAGCUGCUAUUUAUUUUCCUAAAGAGAGUAUUUUUAUACAAACCUACCAAAAUGGAAUAAAAAGGCUUGAAGCUGUGGCCUGAGCGCCUCACUGGA